UAGUCGAGUAUGGAGUAUGUAGCUGUGCAAGCAAAGAUACCCUCAGUUCCUAUUGGAUACCCCCGCAAAUACUCUCGAUCCCCCGCGCAAGGAACCCUGGUGUAGCGUUUUAUUUAAUUAGAUGAACCCCCCGACUCGACCCGUCGUGUGGUUGCAGCAGGGUGGAACGCAUUGCGUCUUGCUUACGGUACUCGGCUCUGUCGGUCUGUCUUACUGAUGAUUGGGUAUGUUAACCCCCAUCAACCCCUUGGAUUCGAGGAACCUUUGAUAACAAGACCGACAAGUCAUUAAAAAAAGAAAGGCAUUACCAACGACGACCCGAUAAGCUAUAUUAAAGGGUAUCCAAUGAACGAAUAAGGAUAAUAAAUACCUAGCCGCAGGAUUCGUUGCCACCAAUGACCGAGGCUCUGCGGCCUCUGCGACCUUUGCAGGCACAGGUUUCCAGCGAUGCUCACGAUCCGCAGAGUCCGCAGCUCGGGCCAGGGCCGACACUUAACCCCGUAUCCGUACCGGAUCCGCUGACGAAGCGAGCAAUUUGCUCUCAGUGCAGAAUAAGAAAGGUCCGAUGUGACGGUAGACCAAACCUCUGCCAAAACUGCGAUCGGCUAGGCUUCGAAUGCUCAUUCCAGCAGUCCCCCGGCAAGGCGCCGGGCCAAUACGUGGUGAAGCUGCCGGAGCGGCGGCGGCGUAUGCAGGCGUGCAUCCCGUGCCACUCCAAGAAAACCCGAUGUCUCGGGGAACUCCCGAGCUGCUCCAGUUGUGUCCGCAGAAACCGCGUCUGUACCUAUCCCCGGACUAGGAGAGCCGGGAUCAUUGCUCGCGGCCCCGACGCAGCCGAAGGUUCGGGGACCGACGAUAGACCGGCGCAUGCAUCUCCCGGUCAGGACAUCGGGAUGGUAGGCCAGGCGGAAGGGUCUGCGCUGGAUUAUGAGACGACGCUAGGUUUAGUCGAGGACUACUUCCGGCAUUUAUAUCCGCUGCCGUCGUUUUCUUUCUUUCACAAGGCGACUGUCCUUCAAAGGUGCAAGGACCAGACGAUAAACGAAACCCUGAAGCUAUCAAUAUGCGCUAUUACAGCGUUACAGCUCCAACGCACUUCGCUCUGCCACGAUCUAUGGAUCCAACAAGCCGAGCAGUCGAUCCUACAGCAAAUAGGCCGGGCCUCUAUCUUCCACCUACAAGCACUACUCCUCGUGAUCCGGUAUAAGAUCGAAAGCGGGGAUUUCCCAACAGCAUUCAUGUUAGCUGCGCUCGCAGCGCGAACGGCGUUAGCCCUCCGUCUGAACUACGAGCGCCCGGAGCUAUCUGACGUCGCGCAAGAAGCGCGUAGGCGGCUCUUCUGGGCAUUAUAUCUACUCGAUGACUUCUUCUGCGUGGGGCUUAGAGAGUUCGAAUUAUGUCCGGAAGAGACGAUCCACCUCCAGCUGCCCUGCGAUGAGGAUUACUUUGAGAUGGGCCGAUUCGUACAUACCGGCUUGCUCCGGCCCGGGCCCUCGGAGUCUUUAGUGACUGUGGGUUUACGCGGCGUAUUUCUCCGUUUAACAUCUGUUCGACGGGCGGUUAUGAGGUUCAACCGCCGCGUCGGACUAGGCGAGGAACUAUCCUCAACAAUUAGCUCUAGCAUCCGACGCAUCGAAGAAGAACUUCGAUCGCUUAAAGCGACUCUCCGGCCAGUCGAUCAAUACUCGGUAUCCAACAUGACAUGCAGCAAAUGGCCAGCCCAAUUCAUCAUGCUGCACAUGUCCUGGCACCAAUGCCACUGCGACUUGUACCGCCUCUGUCUAGACGGGUACAGCGAAGCGGCCCCAUCUCCGGUCCUAGCAGUGCUCCACCCGCGGGACCGAGUCGCCAUGCAGUUCAAGUGUCUCGAGCACGCCGAGAACAUCAUCCGGAUCGUGUCCGAUUUCUCAAACUAUGAGGACGGGGAGUGUCUUCUCGAGCGCGAUGCUGCCGUCUGCGCGUUUGAGAGCGCGCGCCUGGUUAUGUUUGGCUCGCGAAUACCGGGAGCGGCGUCGAGUCUCGAUGUUGCGAUAAACAAAGCCAAGCUAUCACUCAGUCUGAUCACGAGGUUCUUCCCCUAUUCUGCUUCGACACAACCCCUACGAAAGGACUUAGAACGCUUAAUAGCAAGCUACUCCGUACGCCUCGCCCUACAGACGCAAGGAACGCCCUCCGAACCCGACCCCCCACCCUCAGCACGCCCCUCAACAAAAGUCUCCCAGUACGCCAGUUCGCGCCAGCGGCUCUCCGUCCAAAGCCUACUUCUCCAAUCAGAUUUCGUCGACGACAGCCACGAUAUCGCAGGCCCGACGCCCCCACCCGAGACCCAUACCCUCCAAGCUACCGCCCAGACAACCCACGUCUACGGCCAAAGCAGCGAGGACCCCACAUCUGCUGCCAAAGCGCAGCAAUGGAACACGGCAGGGAAUGGGCAGCUACCAUCUCCUGGGCUGUCUCUCGAUGCGGGACAGGAAGAUGCGGGGUUGAUUUUCAACCCUUGGAUGGGCUUUACCGGUACCGAGGAUAUGUCCGGGCGGCCUCCGGGACUCGACGACGAGUUCUAGCGAAUCGAUGGGGAUUCUAUGAUAUAACAUGAUACGUGUGCGGCAAAGGGAAGCGAUGCCGUUGUAUAUGCCCGUGACGAAGAUUUCCGCCACUAGAAAUAUGAGUAGUCGGCAAGGAGCUGGACUACUACACAUGUGUUUAAAAGAUCUAUAUAUUUGUAAGGGGAGAAAGUCGUGGUCAAUUUCCAUAUAUCUGGGCUACUAUGAGCACUAACAUAUCCUGAGUUUAAAAUAUAUAAUUU